UAAUUUUUAAAUAAGUUUUCUCAGAGUAGGUGCACAAACUUCAAAUUAAACCAAAAAAAGAAAAGAAAAGAAAAGAGCAGGUGCAAAAACAGCUUAGGCUGUAUCUUUUAAGUUAUUUACUUUUAUCACAUCUCACAUGUAUAUGCAUAUCAUAUGCAUGUGACUUUAGCAUACAAAGUUGACUGAUUUAACUUCAUAUACCAUACUAAACGAGCUAAAAAAAAAGCAUAAGGGAAUCUUCAAAGUUAUGGAGCUCAAAUCCACCACCAAUGAUACGUGGAAAUACUUUGCAGCAGGAAGUUUUGCUGGGUUUCUUCUCUUGUUUUGUUUAGCCUCCCAAACACACCCUUACACAUCUCUAUUGGCUGCCCAAAACGCCGUCGUUCAAUUCGCUUCAUUGGGUGAAUCCAGUGCAGCUUCUAGUGUGACCAAGCCUUUGGAGACAUUUGAUUUCACCAAUGAUAAAGAGAUACUAAAUGUUACGUUUGAACAGGGAGAGACGAAGUCUACUAAUGAAAAUGAAAAGAAGUGCAAUAUGUUUGAAGGGAGAUGGAUUUACAUGGCAGAAGAGGAUCCUAGCUAUGAUUCAAUCAAGUGUCCUUUCAUUGAAGAGAAGAUGAGUUGCCGAAAGAAUGGGAGGCCGGAUUUCGACUAUGAGAAGUGGAGAUGGGAAGCUAGAGACUGUGAUUUACCGUUGUUUAAUGGAACAGACAUGCUUGAAAGAUUGAGAAACAAGAGGGUGAUCUUAGCAGGGGACUCACUAAACAGAAACAUGUGGGAGUCUCUUGCUUGCCUUCUUUAUUCCUCCAUUCCUUCCUCUACAGUUGAAGUAGAAGCUCAGAACCCAGUUUAUAAGGUUUUGAAAGCCAAGGACUAUAACUGUACGGUUGAGUUUUAUUGGAGCCCAUUUCUUGUGGAAUUUGAGGAAAAACAUGUUAAUGGUCACAAAAUUCUUGUGCUCGACAAGCUUUCACCGAAUUCAUUGCAAUGGCGAGGGGCUGAUGUUAUGGUUUUUAACUCCGGGCACUGGUGGCUUCAUGGAGGCAAAAUGAGAUCGUGGGAUAUGUUUGAGUACGAGGGCAAGUUAAUGGAAGAGAUGCAAAUAGAACUAGCUUAUGAACGGGCAAUGACAACAUGGGAAACAUGGAUGAACGAAAACGUCGAUCCAAACAAAACCACCGUAUUUUUUAGAAGUCUAUCAGCAGUACAUCAGAAUUCAGCGGAUUGGUGUUACAAUGUAACAAAACCUAUAAUAGAUGAAUCCUACAACACACCCCCUCAAAAAUCGGAUCUACUUGUCGAAACGAUUAAGAGACUGAUAGAUGGAAUGAGCACAUUACAAGUGAAGUACUUAAACAUUAGCAAGCUGUCUCAGUAUAGAAGGGAUGCCCAUCCUUCAGUGUAUAGAAGCAGUCAAUGGAAGGAGCUUAUCAAAAAGUUUGAGGAUAAUCUUGGGGGUUAUGCUGAUUGUAGUCAUUGGUGUCUUCCUGGGCUGCCGGAUACUUGGAAUCGGUUAUUUUAUGUUUCUCUAUUUUUUGAUAUACUUUAAAGAAUAUGUCUAGUUCUUCAGUGUUUCCUUUUUUGUCGUGUGUUUUUUUGGAUGGAAGAUCAUCUGAUUCAAUAUAACUUGUAUGGAUCCGGUUCACGUUAAUAUUAGUGUGCAUCAAGACCAAAGCACA